CUUACUGCUUCAGUCGGUGGCCGAGUUUCGUUGGGUGAAGUUGUGUCUGCUCUUGACGGACUUGAGUCUGGGUUUUGAGUCUCUGGAGUGAGAGAUUUUUGAGCCGUUUAAAGUGAAAAUCGUUUUAUGGUGUGUUUUCCGUAAUUUGAAUGACAAUUAAGUGUACUUACCGGGGGUCGAUCCAUAGUGAAUUAUUGUGUUUUUUUUGGGUUGUAAUCAGUGAUUAUUGCUUGCAGAGCACCACCUCUCAAACAUGACGGAAGAAAGAUGUUGUGAUCACUAGAGAGAACCUGGAUUACCGCAGCGAAUCUGCGCCCCAAACCAAGAAGUGACCUAGUUCAGAGUGCUAAAACAAUAGAUACAGUGUGUGUCCAAGAUGGUGUCCUACUACAACCACCACUUUGGGAUGUACCCGAAGAACCACAGCGGCAACCUGCCGUACACGACCUCGUCCGGGUGGUACUCGAGCAACUACCAGCCCCACCAGCCGCCACAUCCGCAGUACAUGGGCGAUGGAGAGUCCUCGCCACAACCCAUGUACUUCCCCCAUCCGCACGUGUUCCACCAGUCCAGCCCGGAUUACAGUGCGCACGAGAGUUUCUCGACGCCCCCACAAACGUCCCUGCUCCCCUACGGACCGAGUCCCGGCGGCGGUGGUGGCUUGAGCCACCUCGGACAGCCCGGUUCCGGCGGAACUCCGGACCCGUUGUCCGGCGUCAAUGGAAAUCCAAACUCCGGAUCGUCCGGGUCCGCGGAUCACCUGGCCGGCGGCAUGCACAGUAUACCGUCGCCGCCGAUUACGGUUUCGGGCAGUGACAUGUCCAGCCCGGGAGCGCCCACCGGGUCAUCCUCGCCGCAGAUUACGCCACGACCGACGCCGGUCAAGAGCCCGUUCGAGUGGAUGAAGAAGCAGUCCUACCAGUCGCAGCCCAAUCCAGCAAACUUGCUGUUUUACGGUUCGCCAAUGACUCAUGGACCGGUACGAAGCGACUCGAAUCGCUUUCGAAAUGAACCCGAAACAUGCCCAAGGAAAACCCGAACCAAGGACAAGUACCGCGUCGUGUAUACCGACCAGCAGCGACUCGAGCUGGAGAAGGAGUUCCACUACACGCGGUACAUCACGAUCCGCCGGAAGGCCGAGCUGGCCCAGUCGCUGCAGCUGUCCGAGCGGCAGGUGAAGAUCUGGUUCCAGAACCGCCGCGCCAAGGACCGCAAGCAGAAGAAGAAGACCGAGAACGGCUCGUCGACGGUUGUGAACCACCUGAACGGCCAAUCGCUGGUCGGACAUCAUCACCACGCGCAGCACCUCGGCGGGGGCGGCCAGUCCAUGUCCAGCUCGCUGAUGGACAUCAAGCCGAAGCUCGAACCGUCGCUGCAUCUGUCCCACUUGCACCCGAUGAGUGCCAUGAGCAUGGGCAUGAGCUCGAUGGGACUCCACCCGGCGCACCAUCCGUUGCACUCACACCUCGGAGUGCCUACCUCGCAGCACCUCAACCAGGGCCCCGGCUCGCAGGUUCCGCCGUCCUCGUUAAGCCUCAUGUAGGACGACCUCGGCCAGGCCCCGGCGGCACAACACCACGACAACGGGUUCACUGGUUAAAGUGCAGAAAACAGAGAAAUGCCUUAGUAGACACCGUGACCAGUCAACCAUUUUGUUGUGCUCCUCCUCCCUGCGGUGGCCUCCCAACACCCUCUUCCCCCUCUGCGCCUCGAACACUUCUUCUUUUUUAAUGUUAUGAAUAAUUUAUGAAGCCAACAACUGCAGGAAGGAAAGUUCCGUCCUAAAAACGCUUGUUUUGUGUGCCCAACCCACUUACAGAAAGCAAAAAAAAAGAGAAACACGUUUUCCACGGCAACAGUUGCCAUUUCUGAUAUUCUUUCUAGGAAACAACAAGAGAAAAAAAAACAUUUAACGAAGUAAGAAAUGGUUGAAUGGCCAAGCAGGAGGAACCAAUUGAUCCCAAGUAGUUAGUAGCGAAAAAUCAACAAAGUGCAAUGUAAAAAAUGAUAUACUUUAGUAACAUUAAUUUUAGCGUGUAAGUCUUGUUAGUUUACGUGAAAAUUUAAGAAAAAAAUAUGCAACGAGUUUUAGCGUGUAGGUAUCGUGAAAGAAGAGAAAGUAGGUGAAAGUUUUCACCCCCGGGGCUACUUAAUUAGUUUAAUUGUCUGCCUAGAAGUAUUAAACCCCACACAACAACACAAAAAAAAACAUUGUAAAGAGAGAAAAUACAAUUCAAUUAUAUAAAUAAAGCCACUUUAAAUCAGAUACAAUCACAAUUAUAAAUCAUUCUCACCCCAAACUUUCGUUAUUUCGUGUAAAUAUGCCACCAUUCAAGAAUUUAUCCAAUUUCACCUGCGAAAACAACUAGGAAACAUCAAAGUGCUGAAUCGAGAUUAUGCAAAGCAAACUAUUGAAAAUGCUUAUUAUUUUCCCCUUCUUUUAGUAGUUUUUAUUUAUUCUGCUACUCUGCUGCUCGGUAGGUAGGAACUCAAACUUAAAGAUUGUAUUUUUUUGUUCGUUACUUGGUAUCGGUAUCGUUUGUUCGAUCGAGUUGUCUCCGAGCUGAGAGCAAUGGUGCAGAUGAAUUUUUUUCUUCUGUGCGAAAAAACUGUUACACUUAAUGAGACACACCCACACACUUAAUUAUUGUAAGUGAUAAAGAAAUAAAAUAAAAACAAAUGCUUAUAACAGAA